GCUCGUCCCGGUUUCCUCCUGCGCCGAUGUAGGUCGUCGCCGCCGCCGCCGCCGCCGAGGGUCGCGGCGCAGCCUGUGGGCGGGGAGCGGGUGCCCCCGGCCGUGCCGGAAGCCAGGAGCGGAGGCUGAGUCCGGGAUGGCGCGCCAGGUGUCCAUGGCCUUCCAGGACCUGGCCGUGCGGUUCUCCGAGGACGAGUGGCGGCUGCUGGGGGAGGGGCAGAGGGCGCUGUACCUGGACGUGAUGCGGGAGAACUACGAGACGCUGGCCUCCCUGGGGACAGUGGAGCUGCUGCCCCUCUCUGCCUUCCUGUCUCCCUCGGAGCCUGGAGGAGCCAUGGGGGGCGGGAGCUGUGCUGGUGAUGGGCCGGAGCCUCCUCGGGGAGGAGGGCCCCUGGGAGGAGCCCCCCAGCACAGCCUGCACCUCAGCGCCCUGGUGCAGCUGGUGAAGGAGAUCCCAGAGUUCCUGUUCGGGGAAGUCAGCCUUGAGAGCGGGGGAGCCAGCCUGGACGGGGAGGGGGCGAGCCCCGAGGCAGCUGUGAUGGGGGAUACUUGCCCUCUCCGAGGCUUGCUCGGCUGCCUUCCGGACACACCUGUCGGCCGGCCUGGCCUGGCCGCCAUGCCCAGCGGUAGCUCAUCCAGCAGCCCGCCCAGAGCCAGGGGGCAGGGGAGCCCCCUCCCCAUCAAAACUGCUGACAUGCCAAGGCCUGUGGAGGAGGAAAGCCCAGGAGCCCCCAGCGAGGAGCCUAGCCCUCCGACCUGUAGCCCUGGCAGGUGGAAGAGCCACAGGAAUCAGGAGAGAGGGACCACGGGGGCAGGAGCUGCAGGAAUCUGUCCUGGGAACAGCCCCUUGCAAAGCCUCAUCAACUGCCUGAAGGAAAUCCUCGAUCCCGGGCCCCAGCACCCCGAGCGGCCCCUGAGCUUACUGCCGCCCGUCCCCAGCCUGGGUGCGUCCCAGCUGACCGGAGCAGAGCCGUGGCCUGGGAGCCCGCCCUGGGCAGUGAAGACAGAGACAGCCUCAGGGGAUUGUCCCCUCCAGGGUCUGCUGAACUGUCUGAAGGAGAUCCCAGAGGCCCGGGACAGCCCCUCAGGAGCAAGGGACCCACGGCUGCAGGAGGACCCAGGGGCCUGGAAAAGGAAUUCUGGAGGGCUCCGCUCCCUCCAGACCCCUCCCCCCGGGCCUGGUCCUGGAGCUGGCAGCGUGCUCUCUGCAGUGAAGGUGGAGGACGCCUGGGCCCAGGGGCCCCCAGAGCCCGCUUCCUGUCAGCUCAGCAAGCGGACCCAUGGCCCUUCUGCCGCGGGCGGCCCCAGGGACAAUGGAGGCACCGCCUGGGUCCGAGUGCCCAGCUGGGGCUCUGCAGCUCGAGCCGGCAGCGCCUCGAGCUCACCCCUGGAAGCCCUGGAGGCCUGUCUGAGGGGCAUCCCCCUGAGUGGGUCGUUACCUUCCCAGCCGCCGGCCAGCUCCUGGUCCCGGAGCCCCCAGCCAGGAGACCCUGGGUCUCAGAGGCCCGAGCUGCAGCGCCUCGGAUCACACAGCAAAGGCUCCGAAGGCACCUCCACCAGCUUCUCUUCGUCCAGCAGCAUUGACGGGGACCUGGAUUUCCAGAGCCCUGAGGGCAGCCAGGGGCAUCGGCCUGGAAAAGGAAGCCCCGUGGGAAGCUCCCCGCUCCAGGGCCUGGAGAACUGCCUCAGAGAGAUACCUGCACCUGGGCCGCAGCCCACCUGGUCCUGCUCCUCGGCAGGGCACAGGGGGCCAUGGAGAGUGGAGCCCAAGAACUGGACGGCAGGCAUGGAAGGACUGAGGGGUGAGGCCUGUGAGCCAGCCCACCUGGGACAGCGAGGGGGUGAUGUGCCCACCAGGAGCCUCCGCCUGGCCAGCCCACAGGCACUUGCCUCUGGCACCAUCCCUACCUGCCACCAGCGAGGCCCCAAGGACCCCGGGGCCGCCAGGCCAGGACUGUGGACGUGGCUCCCAGAUGGGCCAGCCACCAAGCCCUCCCCACUCCACUGCCUGGAGAACUCUCUGAAGGGGAUUUUGCCCGGGGGACCCUUGCGCUUUGCCUGCCUGGCCGACCCUGUCCUGGGCCCCAGCCCCAGCCCCAGCUCCAGCUCCAGCUCCAGCAUCAGCAGCUCAGAAGGAGAAGACCCAAGGCUGGAGCCUGAGCUCUGGCAGCCCCUCCUGCAGGAGAGGGACCGCCUUCCCAGCUGCAAGGGCCUUGGCGCUCCUUCCCCACGCUCUGGCGGCCCUCGCGCUGGCAGCAGCCCUGGUGAAGGCCGGAGAAGAGGUGAGACCGGGGACCACCGUGGUCUCAGUGCAGCAGGAAAAGCAGAAGAGAAGGUGGGAGGCCGGUCCCAUCCGCCCUGGACAGAAGUGUGCUUUGAGAGCCUGGGCCCGCCUGGCCCCCUGGGCAGCGCCGGAGGAGGUCAUGUCCAAAUAUCCCCGGUCAGAGUGGCUCUGGGAAAACGAUGUGUAUCCACACCCCAAGUGCUCUGUGCUCUUCCUGCGGGGGCAGCUGUGGAUCCCUGCCCUGCCUCUCAGCUGGAGAAAAGGUCGGGGUCUGGGCCCUGCCAGCCUCCUGGGUCAGCCUGUGGGCCCCUGUCCUGGAAUCCGACGGCUGGUGAAGAGUCCAGGGGCCUGGGGCCUGGAGACGGGAGCCCAGGUGUUACAGCCGGGACCCACCCGAGGCCUCUUCCCGGAGAUCCGCCAGGGCCUCCCCCCGGAGCCGCCAUCCCACGGGCUUUGCCGCGCGCCUCCCCGCGGCCACCGUGCCCCUGCGGGAGUUCCCUGCAGCACGAGCUCCGCACCCUCGGUGCCGCCCUCUCGGAGAAGCUGGAUCGGCUGGCCGGGGCCCUGGCCGGCCUGGCUCAGGAAGUGGCCGCCGUGAGAACCCAGGUGGAUCGGCUGAGGCGGCGCCCGCGGGGCCCGGGGCCGAAGGGCCGCCUCGGGGGCCCUCGCUGGACCGGUGGCCCUGCUCACAGACACCCACCCUACUGGAGGCACAAGGGCCCCCGCAGGCCGAGACCGAAGAUCUUGCGGGGCCAGGUGGAAGGCUGCAGGGCCGGCGACUCCUCAGGCCUGGCCAGCGCGAGGCCCCACCUGGUGCCUCUGCUGCCCCCGGACGUGCCCCUGGCAGAGGCUUCUGGGCCCAGCUCUGGCCCUUCCCAGCAGCCUCUCUCCUCGGCAUGCGGCAGCCCCGCUGUGCUGACCGCGUGUCACCCCCUCGGACGCCCGGAGGGCCACCGGAGCCCCCCGCCCCCUUCGCUGCCUGCUGCCCCACCCCCCCAGGUGGCCACCAGUGCAGAAGCAGAGCCUCGGGCUGCAGCAGCGGCACCGCCCAGGACCCUAAAGUGGCCCAAGGAUCCAAGCAGCCUGUUGGUGGGGCUCCAGAGAGCCCUUGAGGGGGAGCUGUGGGGUGGGGAGCACAGGGACCCCGGGUGGGGGCCCCCUAGCCGCCGUCUUACUGGGCUGCGUCCUGCCGAGGAUGCCCCACCCUUGGCCGCCUCUUCUGGGGGCCGGCCGCCCCCCUCGGCCCCCUGCAGCCGAACCUUCCCCGUGUCUGGACUGUGAGGGGGCCGGGAGUGUGCCCUUGGCCUGACCGCCCCGGACUCCAGGAUGCCCGCUGCUCAGGGAGCUGCGUUCCCCAGCCAUGCCUCUGGCUUUCUUGACUCAGGUUCGUUUAAACGUCGCUUCCCUUCCUGCCCUUCCCGCUGGAACUGCCGGUGCCGGCAGGGGGUGGUACCCGUACACGCGCGUGCACGCCACGUUGCCGGGGCGCUGCGAGCCGCUUCGGGGGCGCCACGCCGGAGAGCUCCUCUUCCCACCUGCCGUCCUGACCUCAGCGCCGAGAAGCCGUGGCUGUCCUCUUCCUGGCGGAUGGGGGCUUAGCUUUCAUUUGGGGCAGAACUCCGCCCCCUGGUCGAAGCUGGAUAUACCUGUGUGAAUUCUAAAAUUACCGACCCUGGUUGCUAAGGAAAAGGCUCAUGGCUCCUACAGAAAGGAGCCCAGAGGGGCCACACCAGGGCGUGGUUGAUUGGUUGUUACCAGCACUGGGGACAAGCCUGCCCUCCCAGAGCCUCCAGAGAAUCAGCAACCCCCCUACCCCGCCCCCCACCCCCCCUCCGCGGCUGGGGGAGGAAUUCGCACAUGACUCCCUGGGAAAUUUCGAGCAGCACACGUGUCUUUUUCCUGGGGCCGCAGUAACAGUACCACAGGCCGGGCGCCCUAAACAACACACACGUAUAUCCCCACGGCUCUGGAGGCCAGGCGUCCAAGGUCGAGGUGUUGGCAGAGUUGGUUCCUUCUGAGGCUGUUCGAGGCCCCUCUCCGUGGCCGGUCGCUGACCGUUCUCACGUUCACAGGGUGCUCUCCCUGAACUCAUGCCUCAAAUGUCCCUUUCGUCUGAGGACACCAUCCUCAUGCCCACACUGUAACAUGAUUACUUCAGUGAAGACCUUGCCUCCAGCUAAGAUCACGUUCUGUGGUACUGGGGUUAGGACUCCAGUAUACGAACCGGGCGGGAGGAGUGCACACUCCAACCCCUAACACACGUGAGGGGCUGAGCUAGACUUGGGUUCCUCGUGGGGAACGAAAGCAUGACUGAGGUCACUAGGUCUGCUUUCCCGGCGGCCACCAGCCUGCCCUGGGCUCCGCCCCUCAGGUGGCACUCGGUGUAACACGGGGAACGGCCUGCCUGUCGUCUGCCGCAUUUCCCUCCCCAGGGUCAGAUCUUUUCUCCCGAUCUUUCCCCGCCCGAGUCCUUACUUGAUCUGAGGAAUCCUCGGGACGGUCUGUGCACACAUGCUGUCCGGGAAGGCCCUGUGGCAUGGUUAGCUGUGCUGUCAGGGAACCUGGGCGCGGCGCCGAGGCCCAGGCUGACUCGGGGUCCAGAGUGACUGUAGCCACGAUGGGUGCUUAAAGGGGGGCCUUGUGGCUGCUGCACCCAGUGCGCCCCUAAAAUCAGGGUCUUUGGGGACACACGCCAGGCCUGGCCUGUGCUCCUUGCUGCCCCUGUGGAAGGAGCAGCCCGCUCGUGCUGGCGGCGGGGUGGCCGGCAGACAGACCAUCGAAGGGGGUGUUAGAACAUUUCCAGGACUAGAGUAAGUCCCAAGAUGACUGUCUUCGGAAGCUAGUGUUCGUCAGAUCAUGUAAGUAGGAUGUUUAAGAGACAGUCUUCACGGUUAGCCAUACUUGAUGGAGAAUAAGGAACAGAAAAGUUCUAGGCUUUCCACUCAGGAAGAUGAGUCCAGCUCAUUCCCAGGCUGUGCAGGACCGAUGCUGGGCCCAUUUCAGAGCCAGUAGGAAGGGUCUGACGGCCUGGCAGGGAGAGGGGGUCGGUGGUGCCACGAGGGGCCUUCUGGCCUUGCGGAGGAGGCCCCUGCCCAUUCUCCUGGGCGGCCUCCCCUCUGCGCGCCCUUCUCAGCGGGGACGGGGCGGGGUGCGCCGUCCUCCUCUGCGUGACCCUUGAAGGUUCAGUUUUGUGGGCUUUACAAAUGUCAGCCUGCAGGUCAAUGCGCGAAGGAGCACGCGGGCCCAGAGGGCGGGAGGAGCGGUAGCUCCGGGCUCCGCGGGCCUCCUGCUG